UGCGCGCAGGGCACCUCCUUACUCCCGGCAUGCACCGGGGACUACGUCCAGCCUUUCUGUUGGGCAGGAAAAUGGCGGCCUCCGGCGCAGAGCCGCAGAUCCUGGUACAGUACUUGGUGUUACGAAAGGAUCUAUCGCAAGCUCCCUUCUCAUGGCCGCUCGGCGCACUGGUAGCGCAGGCUUGUCACGCCGCCACCGCGGCCUUGCACGUUCACCGCGACCACCCGCACACACAGGCGUACCUCCGGGAGCUGGAGCGCAUGCGCAAGGUGGUGCUCGAGGCCCCCAACGAGGCCACCCUAAAGGAGCUGGCUGAGACCCUACAACAGAAGAACAUUGAUCACAUGCUGUGGGUGGAGCAGCCUGAGAAUAUCCCCACGUGCAUUGCACUCCGUCCCUACCCUAAGGAAGAUGUAAACCAGUAUUUGAAGAAGUUCCGAUUGUUCAAAUGACUGAUAUUAUCCAUUGCUUGGAUAUAUAUGAAUAUCAGCUGGAUUGAGAAGCUGCAGACCAUCCAUCCCUAAGUAUCAUGUACUCCUUUCAGUGGCAACUUGCUCUUCCCUUUAAAAUAUAGCAGUUUCUUGAGAGUCAAACACAUGUUCACAUUAAAGUUGCCAU